CAAUAGGAGGGCUCGGAUAGCGCAGUGUGGGCAUGGCAACCUUCCUGCUCUGUUUCCCAGUUUAGUUCUGGGUGUAGUACAGUUUUAGGUCUCGCUUCCGUUGAGGUUGUAGACAGCUGUCAUUAAAAAAAACGAAGUUGGAUUUUCUUAAACACCAACGACCGCCGCUAUGUCGAACAACAACGCCAGCAGCAACUUAGUGGUCGCCCAGAGAACCGUGAAGCAGCUCCGGUUAGAGGCCAGUACCCGGAGGAUCAAGGUGUCCCAGGCUGCCACCGACCUGAAAAACUUCUGCAUGCAGAAUGCCAGCAAGGACCCGCUCCUCAUAGGGGUCCCCUCCAGCGAUAAUCCCUUCAGACCCCCAAAGUCCUGCUCACUGUUCUGAGCUGCAGAAGGAACGCGAAGGAUUCCUCGACCGUCAAAGCUUCAGUUCACCUCUCGUCUGCGUCGUCGUAGACUUGUUCUGCAGCGCCUCACGGUGGCUGGAGGGAAAACACACUCGGUGCUGAAGAUUUUUCGGGGCUUGAUGUCUAUCUACUAUUUUAUUUUAUUUUAUUUUUUUUUUGUUGCCAAAACUAAAGGUAUCAUAUCUCCCAUCUAUUACACGAAAGCACGGCCGAACUCUUACUUCUUCAACAAACAAGCAGAAGAUGUUCCUGACACUAACUUGACUAAUGAUUAAUCUGGCUUUGCCUAAGUGCUCAACAUCUAUUUACAGACUGUUACCGCUGUUUGCUUUUUCAGCCGGUGCCCUUUUGAGGGGCAGGUGGAGGGAUAUUAAACGUAAAUUCGAUGCAG